UGCAUAUCCUUGUACAAUGAGAAGAUACAAAUAACAAAUGAGUUAGAAGUUGAAGAAGAGGGGAUGAAAAGGCCGAAGAGAUGUGCUAAAAGUCCCAAAAGGUACGCACAUAAUCCCACAACUGAAAUGAAGAAGAAGGUGAGGAUGGAGAAGGCCAUCAAUAAGAGAGAUGAAUCACAAAGCAAGGACAUUGUUGGGAUAUAUUAUCCCGGCCUAUUACUGUUCAGGAGCCCAAGACAUUAUCCAGUACGGAGCCCGAGCAGCUAGGCCCAUUAGGCCCGAUAUUGGCUCGUUUGGCCCAUUAGGGUGGAGAGCACCCUUCCCCUUUCCCCUAUAAAUAUGAGGCUUCCCUCCAUGUUUUGGAGAUCCUCUUUUAGCUCCAUCUUCCUUUCUUCUUUUAGACUAGCUCAAUACUCCAUUAAUGGGAGCCCAAAUUGUACUAUGAACGGUGAGGAGAGUCCUAAUGAGAAAGAGAGGGCUUGGACAUUAGCCUAAAAAGUCCCGUGGUUUUCUCCCUUUCGGGUUUCCACGUAAAAACUGAGUUGUUCAUACACAUUUAUACAUAUAUUUACUAUAUCGUGUUGGAUUAUACUCAACACUGGCGCCGUCUGUGGGAAUCUGUCCAAAAAGAUUCGUGUGUUCUACUGUUCUUGAGUUUCUACAAAAAAAAUUCAUACGAAAUAUACUGAUUCCGAAAAAAAAAAUGAUUCUGGAGCAAACAUGAAGAAAAACGAAGGAAAUAUGCUUCUGGGAAGUAAGGGAGCUACGAAAUCUGGAGGAUGACAUUUGGAUUUUUCCAGAUCCGGAUUGGGGGUCGCCGGAGCCGUCGCUACCUUUCCCACCGCGGUGGACCCUCCGGCGAGUUCAUCCACACCAGACAAAGACCUGCUGCAGCAUCCCUUUACCUGGUCUCGUCAUCUCGGUCCCAGGAGAGCUCCGCCGUAGCAGCACUGUUCAUCGGACGUAGCUGGGUCCUCCGACGGGAACGCAGCACCGUCUUGCACCGCCAGCUGCAUGCCGCUGCUCAGCCCCCAACCUCUGGUAAUGCGACGGGGUUUUUUAAGCCGAGGCUUCCCCGGGCUCUGCCAUGGAUGGCUGCUUGGAGCUCAGGAAGGGUAUGCUUCGGAGUUCGGCCGAUCUCCACCGUGGGCUCGCUUUUCCAGCCUCCCUCGCCCUGCUGUAGCUUUCGUCGCCACCAGCCAACAACUGACCUGCACUGAUUGACCUUGGUGGGAUGUUUCGUCUGCCUCUCCACCAGAUGCUCUUUA